CACGGGACAAAAUGGCUGGAGCGGGCGGCAGCGACGGCGAAGCCCUGGCUCCCAGGAUGGAGUACCCACAGAUAAUCUAGUUACUCUACUAUUUCUACUUCAAAUGUUAUUACCAUAAACAAAACAAAGGUGUUUUAUGUUUUAUAAUUAAGAUCAUAGAAAUGAGUGAUGAGUUAAGAAGAAACAAGCAAGAGAUUGUGAAUGGAUUGAACAUAUUUUGGGAAGAAAAUGAAGAAGAAGAAGCUUCUUUAGAAGAGCUUGAAGAAGAAUUUGACAUUCUUGAGGAGGAAGAAACAGAAACUAUAAGUGAAGAUGGUAGUUCAAAAGAAGCACAUGAUAUUGUAAGAAUGCCUCAAAAAGUGUCCCUCAGGAGUAUCUCAUCAAUGACAGAUGAAGAGAGGCUUAAUAUGAGAAUUAAGAAGUUUGGUAUAAUUACAAAUGAAGAAUUGAGAAAAUCACCAGGAAAUUCUUGCUUUGGAUUCAAUAUGUCAACUGGCAAAGAAGUCAAUACUGACAUGGAAAAGAAAAGAAAGAGACUGGAACGCUUUGGACUCCUUUGAUAUUCUACCUUAACGUUUCCUCUCCAAGUUUUAUAUAUUAAAGUAAAUAUAAUGGCCAAAUUAAAA